GGCAAAAAUAUAGCACUCUUGGCAGUGGAGAACAGACAACCCAAGAUCUAUCAGCUAUUGCUUAAGAAAGGGUUACUGACAGAGACAAUGCUGCAAAAAUUGGAUAAAGACGGGAACAACGCAUUGCAUCUUUCAGCGAAGCUAGGAAUAAAUAAGCCCUGACUAAUUCCUGGGGCCGCAUUGCAAAUGCAAUGGGAAAUCAAGUGGUACGAGUAUGUGAAAAGAACCGUGCCACAAUACGUACUUUACCAACCCAACAACGACAAGAAGAUUCCGGCACAGUUAUUCACUGAACACCACGAGAAACUCGUCCAAGAGGGAGGUGAAUGGCUUAGCAAAACCUCUGAAUCCUGCUCAGUUGUGGCUGCACUCAUUGCCACUGUUGCCUUUGCAACAUCAACCGCUAUCCCAGGUGGUAUCAAAGAGAGUAGCGGCUCACCAAACCUUGAAACGUAUCCUGCAUUUGACGUCUUUGCUGUGACCUCACUUGUCGCCCUGUGCUUCUCUGUCACAGCCUUGUUCUUGUUUCUUGCUAUCCUCACUUCCAGAUACCAGGAAAAAGAUUUCCGUAGCGACCUACCAAGGAAACUUCUGCUUGGAUUAACUUCACUCUUCGUGUCCAUUGCAUCGAUGUUAGUCUCUUUUUGUGCAGGACAUUUCUUUGUGCUUAAAGAUAAAUUAAAAAACAAGGCCCUUCCAGUGUAUGCAGUGACAUGCUUGCCUAUAACGUUCUAUGCCAUUGCACAGUUUCCGCUCUACUUUGAUCUUGUAAGGACUUAUUUCAGCAAGGUGCCUCGGUCGAGCCACAAGGUGGUUUCUCUCCAAGGUGUUGUUUUUCUACAUUUUAUAGCAGUGUGUUUCAUUGUUUUACUGGGGUGUGGGAUUGAGAAAUCAACUGUUUGUCUAAGGUGUUCUGUGUUUAGCAACUAUAUCUGUUUGUGUGUGUCUGUAUGCCCAAGUGUGUCCGGCCUGGAUUUUAAACUUCAUGAAGUGUUAAGACUUAUGAAUUUAAGUAAUGAAUAACUGAGUUCUCUCUCUCUCUGAUAAGAAAUAUACUUGUGACAUGAUGCCCUUGUACAAAAAAAUAAGGCAUGCUUUCACUUUAUUGCAAGUGGAAUAGUCUUUCAAUUAUCAUGGGUUUUAAUGGAUGAUCUGUAAAUUUCUAUAAUUACAUGCUUAUUUUUAACCGAACAAAGUGGUGAAACCUUCCUGCAAUACCUCUGCAAAAUGUAAUUACAUAUAUGAAAUAUUGUUCCCAGAUUUCCUUAGGAUGAAUUUAUAACAAUAAUAAAAGCGUUACAUUGGGAGGAGAUACAAAUAGUUUUAGUUGACAAGGCACCAAAUACUCCUUAAAUUCUAAAAGAAAGAUUUAUUUAUUUA